CUGAUUUAGCUCAUUGCACACGUCGGUGACCUGGAAGAAAGGAGCAGGCAGGACAGGGCUGCUGGAGAAGGGACCCGGGGUCUGUGACGUUAAUCUCUCAGAGCAGCGCAGAGAACGGAUCCUCUUUCCCCUCUGAACCCCGCAACUCUGCUGCGGCCCCAUUACCAGGCGCCCCUCCAUCGCAGGCUGCACCUGGGUGCUUUGGCACCGAACCUCAUCAGUGGAGUGUGCUGGGGGUUGCCCUGGCUGGAGAGGAGCAAUACUUCCAGCAGCGCCAUGCCCACGGCACCCUUGAUCUGCAGGGAGACUGUGAGCAGAGUGAGCUCCGUGCUCAACCGGGACGCCAAGCAGUUCGGGAAGAAGCACAUGUUCGACGGGAGCGAGGAGACCUGCUGGAACUCGGACCAGGGCUCCUCCCAGUGGGUGAUGCUGGAAUUUCCACAGACGGUCAAGGUUUCCCAACUCCAGAUUCAGUUCCAGGGUGGAUUUGCGAGCCAGCUGUGUACACUGGAAGGUGGCAGAAAAGGGGAAGAACUUGUGAAGAUAUCAGACUUCUACCCUGAAGACAUCAAUGCCCUGCAGAGCUUCAGGACAGAAGAAACAAUGCUGGAUAAACUGAAAAUCACCUUUGAGAACAGCACGGAUUUCUUCGGGAGAAUCGUCGUGUAUCGCCUCAGCGUCCUGGGGGAAAAGCUCUAACCUGGGACAGAAAUGGCAGAACAGCAGCCCAUCACCCCGAGUGGGUUUGUUCCCCUGGUGUUUGAUCAGCCGCACUCUACCUUCCCACCCUGUCUGAUAGGGCCUGGUGGCAUGAACUGGCAUAUUUGCCUUGGCAGACAGCACCUCUUACGAGAGAGGAGAGAUGCCAGACUUGUUCUGCAAUUGAAAUGUAGCCACUUGGAAGUAAACCAGGAAACGCUCAGAGAGAAAACAGCCGUGGGCAUUAACAGAACAAGGCUGGGAUCCUGGCCCCCUCCCCACCCAGCUGCGGCCUCAUAGCGGGAUCUAAAGCCCCCGGGAGCGCACCGUGGCGUUCAUGGGCUGUCCGCAUAGUGCAGACCAGUGCAUGACAAACAUGCCGUAUUCUAGUGGCUUGUCACGCGGUGAAGAUCAUGUUUAAUGGCUGAAUAAAUGCUUUCCGCCUCCCGGCCCACACUGGAUUUGGGGCAAGCGAGUGGGUCUGUAGAGAUUAAACGAAUCACAUACUGAAUUUGGAAACUGCCUCCUUCCCCCCAGCUUGGGCCCACUCUGCCCAUCCAGUGGGGUCACAGAGGUGGCAGCUCCAGGCUUCGCUCAGAAAGUGGUGUUGAAGAGCUGGGAAGUGUCUGUUCCCCCAGGAACACCUGCUUCCUCAGGGCUCCUGCUCUCAGGGCUGCAGCCCAUGAAGCCUGGUGAGUUUCAGCCCCUUGUCAGGUGGGAGAAUUCCACUCUGCCCUUUCCCGGUAGGGUGAGGCCUGAGCUGCUCCGGCAAACUGACCAGCAGAUUUAAAUUGCCUUCGGCCCAGCUGGGGAGGGGGGUAGUUGCCAGGGGACAGCUGGGAUCAUGCACUCGAGGGCUUUCAGAGGCAGUGGGGAUAAUCCUGCUCCUACAGGAGAGAGAACUAUGAAAUAUCAUGUGGCUGCUUCCUCCAAGGUCGGACUAAGGGUGCCCGUCAGAGCUCACCUCAAGCCCCUAAUACUCAGCUGUGCUGGAGAAUGCGGCUAGCUGCCCUCGCCUCUGAAGGGGGCGAGAUAAGACCCGAGUUAUCCAAAGUAUCAUUAACACCUACAUAAAAACACAAUCAGCCGACAGUCCACUCGCUCCAGGCCUUUUACUUAUGGGGGAGACAAUCCCACUGAGCCCAACGCCCAAGGCUGCAUGCCCCAAAGCACCCUGCCAUCCCCAGGCAGCAGUGGGGCAAUGCACGAGCUACUGACUGCCUGCGGUAGCUCGGCCCAUCUGCACACAGCAUCUGAGGUGUUCAGUAAAGUGCUCGAGCGACUGUAAGUGUAAGGAGCAGA